AGGAUGGGCUGUCAACGAAGAAGAAGAAAAAGCUCUACAUCGAAACUAGCCACGAUAUUUUUUAGCUCUUAGUCUAAAUAGAGUCAUAUCUGAUUUGUUCAGGGGUACGUUUAAAAAAAAAUGAUCCUUACUGUGAAGCCGCUUCAAGGGAAGGAAUGCAGCGUACACGUGAAAGAAGAUGAAAAAGUUUCCACUGUGAAAGAACUUGUAUUUGAACGUCUCAACAUACCACCUAAUCAGCAGAGAUUACUUUAUAAAGGAAAAGCGCUGGCUGAUGAGCACAGGCUAAGUGACUACUCCAUUGGGCCAGAAGCUAAAUUAAAUCUAGUAAUCCGUCCGGUGGGAGAAAGGACUGGCUCUUCAGGGAUGACCGCCAACAGUAGUAGCACAUCUCAAGGAGGAGUGUGGCAGAGUGUGGUCACAAUCCUUGCUAAACACUUCAGUCCUGCAGAUGCUGCAAAGGUCCAUGAACAGUUGAUUAAGGAUUAUGAACGCUCACUGCGGCAACUCAGUCUCGACGACAUAGAGCGUUUGGCCGGUAGGCUGCUUCACCCCGAUGCCAACGGCAUGGACACGUCAUCAUACAUGGACUAAGAAGCUGCUAACUUCAAAUAUGGUGGUUUAGGAGGCUGCACAUUGCUCAGACAAGUUGAGAGUUGAAAGUGAUGUGAGGUGAAAAUACAGUUUGUUGCUGUGAUAGCGCUGUCUUAUCCAUUUGAAAGGCUUGGUAUGUGGCGUUAAUGCUGCAGUCAUGUCACAAGACUUGAUCACACUGUAUUUAAAUACAAAGGAAUCAUUCAUGCUGAUGGUGUCAUGUUAUAAUUGCCUGCUACAACUCCCAGGGAACACUCAUUCGUCUUUGAGGGUAUUUAUUUUUAAUGUCAUUGUUUUUAACAAAUGUUUGUUCAAUCAGGACAAGGCAGUACAUUUUAUCUAUUUGGUCUUAUUGUGUGAUUUGUAAAUACUCUUGUUUAUAUUCCAAUAUUAAAACAGGAUAAACUUUA